CUCGUGAUGUUUGUAUGUGUGUUACUGAGUAUGUGAUGCUGUGUUACAGGAUAGAGGACGCUCACUUCUUGUGUGGACACGCCUGUGCUUGUGUUGGAACAAGCACUGUGGAGGUGUAAUCACACAAGGGAGACACUCUCCACCUCUCUGCAGGAUCUGUGAAAAAGGAAACUUGACGCUGCCUCGCGCAACUCGUGUGUUAAACUCCAAAGAGCCAAGAUGCCAGAAACAGCAGAAGCUGUGUCAGCCACUCUCACCACCAACAGAAACUGCACUGUAGAAAUAUCCAACGUCAGCGCUGGAUACUGCCUCAUCAACCCCAAGGUGUACAUGUCAAGUGGCUUCUGUCACCACCCGCCCCAGCCUACGAUCCGUACGACCAUGACCGAAGUGUGCUCCUUCACCAAGGACGACAACACGGCCACGGGCGCCGUGGGCCUGCUGACCUACGACCUGUUCCAUAUGCAGAGCCGGGUCUGCUCUGAGCGCAUGGCCAUCAUGUUCUCUGUGCCCUAUGACCAAAACCUGUACAAGAACCGGCUGGCCGUGGGCAUGGUUGAGCAUUCCCAUGCCUGCGACAAGCAGCUGUACAACAUGCUGUAUGAUGGGAAAGAUCUCUCUAACUUCACCCGCUCCGAGUCACACGGCUCCGGGCUGGAGUAUCAUGCGAAGUAUGUUGAAUUGAGGGCGACGAUGUCUGCUAUUGGCAAAGCAAUUGUUAAAGUGGAGCUGUAUGAUAAAAUGGGUCGUUAGUUUGUACUUUGUUGUCUUUUGGACCCAACAGAAUAAACAAAGUUCAUUUGAUUUGACUUCUGCUUGGUGUUGACAUCCAGAGAAACACGCGAGAGGAAGACUGAUUCUGCUGUCAUCUGUGUUUUGUGUCCACUGAAAGCCAUCAAUAUCUGACUGCCAGCUCAUUGAUUCUCCAUUAGCUUACUUCUUGGGCUUAUGUAUAUUGUACUCUCCCCUUUUUAUUUGAUUAUGAUAAUAAAACAUUUC